CUCCACCACCUCUACGUGGACCACCCAAACCACUACCAUCAUCGACACCAACGCAGCCUUUACAAUGCCUAUCUACCUAAUCUCCAAAGCCGCAGAUCCUAUCUUCGCCUUCGCGAUAGGCACCACCGCCGCCCUCCUGCGCAUCCAGCGCGAACAGCGCGAGAAAUUCCCCGAGCGAGCCAAGGACAUCGGGAUCGGGAGUGUGGUGCAGCUUGGGGCGAGUCGGGUACAACGCUGGUGGGCGGGCGAUUUCGCAGGGCUAUGA